UCCUUGUCGUCUGUCUGCUCACUUCCUGCAUCCGGUUCCCCUCCAUGCAGCUGCAGCACCCCCGCGACUGUCGCUGCUCAAGCCGGACUCGCGCAGUCCUGCCACGCGCAUUACAUCCUCAGCCCUUACCGUGUGCAUUUCCAUCUUCUGCCGAUCCUUGUUCGUGCCCGCUCCGAGGGGAUGGCGCCGUCGGCGCGCGCCCUCCUGCUGUCCCUCGCCUGCGGCGGGGCGACCGCCCUGACCCUCGUCAAGCCGAGGGUGCGGGCCAGGACGAAGACGCUGGUGGUGACCAUGGUCUUCCCCGACGACGAGAUCCCGGUGGACCUCAUGAUGGAGCACCACCUCCGCAUGGUCAGCAGCAACGCAAGCAUCCUGCAGGGCGCCAUCAUCGACAACCGCCCGCCGUGGGGGGAGAUGAAAAGCAACCAUGAGCCCCUGCUGGGACGCUACAGGCGCUCUCAGGACAGCACCGGCGUCGUCAAGGUGAAGAGGGUCGACUACUCCAAUCUGUCCACCCUCAUCACCCGGUUCUUCAGCUCUGAGGAGAUAAAUCUGCACGCCAAGACCGUGAAUCUCGCGGCAGAUAUGCCGACCAAUGUCUCGAAGCUCGACGAGAAGGCCAACGCCGCGCGCAUGCUGGGCAUGCUGAAUUUCCUGGAGCUCUGCGCGGACGCUGAGAACGACGUGGACCUGUGCAUCUACACGGACUCCACGACGUUCGUGCACCGGACGAACGAGACCGGGGUGGUUGAGCAGGCGGUCAAGGUGUUUCAGCAGAACCCUCAGGCAGUGGUGCUGAACCCGCCGGACAUGUGCACCUACAAGAAGGCCAUGGAGCACGGCGUCUGCAAGGCUGGCAACGUGACCGGUGGCAUCAACCACGGCUUCUUCGUGGUCAACCGCGACCGAUUCGAGGGCUUCGCGCCCAUGCCUGUCGAGUCGGUGGGCCUCGGCAGCGUCUUCGAGGACCUGCUGGCCGAGGGGCUGACCAAGGGCGGCGUCGAGGGCCCGGUGAGGCAGAUCCGGUGCGGCGGCGCGUUCGCCAUCCACCCGUACGACAGCAGCCUGGGCAAGUACGCCUGCCAGUCCCAGAGGCAGCUCGGGCUCUCCGCGCACUCGCAGGCCGCGACCAGCCGGGCUAGCUCGGCGCGGGACGCCGGGAUCUACUCCGAGGACUACUCGCGCUUCCCUGGGGGCGGCAUGCGCGCCAAGGGCCUGGCGUCGCUCAUCGAGCGCUUCGAGGCGGGCAAGUUCCCCGAGGCCAAGCCUAUGGACAGCCUCACCAACAAGUGCAACAACAUGUGCCCGUCGAAGGAGCGCGUCAGGGACGGCCUGGCGUGGUGAGGCCCCGCGCAGUGCGCCGGGCGUGCGAGCGCGCGCGCGCGCUCGGAAGCGGGCGACCGUCGCGGUGGGCCGGUCUGCCGGUCAUGGUGCCGCGGUGGGCGCGUUCUAAAGGCCUGCGCCCCAGUACCCUCGAGACUGCACCAGGAGGAG